GUCUCCCUGUGUGUCUCUCAGCAGCUCAACUCAGCUCAACUCAACUGGUGUCUGUUUUUCCGACCGAUGGUUGAUUAUUGAACGCUUCUCGUAUCACACUUAGUGGGUUGUUUAUUCUGCCCUACAUAGAUGAAGAUUUGUGGUAGGGUACUUGGAUUUCGUGCAUACUGUGUCACUGGUUGAUGUCGGUGGAAAAAUGGAUUUGGUAUCUGUUCUUUUGCUAAUGUCUAGCAUAUGCUCUUUUGCGCUGCCUGAGCUUGAUUUAGAAGAAGAUGCACUGUAUGCAUUGAAGUUAUCAUUGAAUGCUUCACCCAACCAGCUUACAAACUGGAACAGAAACCAAGUAACCCCUUGUACUUGGGCCAAUGUUGAAUGUGACCAGAAUAACAAUGUUGUUCGAGUUUCACUAGCAUUUAUGGGAUUCACAGGAUCCUUAACGCCGAGAAUAGGGGCUCUAAAGAGUCUUAAAACUCUUUCUUUGCAAGGGAAUAGCAUCACCGGUGACAUACCAAAAGAAAUUGGAAAUCUUACAAGCUUGGUUAGAUUGGAUUUGGAAAACAACAGAUUGAUGGGUGAAAUACCAUAUUCCCUUGGUAAUCUUAAAAAGCUUCAAUUCUUGACAUUGAGUCAAAACAAUCUCACUGGAACUAUUCCAAAUUCACUUGCCAGUCUCCCAAGUUUGAGCAAUAUUCUACUAGAUUCAAAUAAUCUUAGUGGGCAGAUUCCGGAGCAGCUAUUCAGCAUUCCGGAGUACAAUUUCACUGGAAAUAAUUUGAAUUGUGGCGUGAACUAUCAUCGUCUUUGCACAUCUGAGAAUGCUGAUCAAGGUUCAUCACAUAAACCAAAAAUAGGCCUCAUAGUUGGAAUAGUUAUAGGUUUAGUUGUUAUUCUUUUUAUUGGUGGCCUGCUGUUCUUCUGGUGCAAGGGGUCCAAGCAUGAAGCUUUUGUGGAUGUUCCAGGUGAAGUUGAUCAGCGAAUUACAUUUGGUCAACUAAAAAGAUUUGCCUGGAAAGAACUACAAAUUGCUACAGACAACUUCAGUGAGAAAAAUGUUUUAGGACAGGGAGGCUUUGGAAAAGUUUAUAAAGGUAUUUUAGUUGAUGGCACAAAAGUUGCUGUCAAAAGGUUAACUGAUUAUGAAAGUCCUGGAGGUGAAAAAGCUUUCCAUUGUGAAGUUGAGAUGAUAAGCGUAGCUGUCCAUAGGAACCUGUUACGACUAAUUGGUUUUUGUACUACUCCAACUGAACGCCUCUUAGUUUAUCCCUUCAUGCAGAACUUAAGUGUUGCCUAUCGGCUACGAGUGAUAUUAGUCUGGUUGAAUACUGGUGCAGAACUCAAACCUGGGGAACCUGUUUUAGAUUGGCCUACUAGAAAACGAGUGGCUCUAGGAACAGCCCGUGGCCUAGAAUAUCUUCAUGAGCAAUGCAAUCCUAAGAUUAUUCAUAGGGAUGUGAAGGCAGCUAAUAUAUUACUAGAUGGAGAUUUUGAAGCUGUUGUUGGGGACUUUGGUUUGGCAAAAUUAGUUGAUGUGCGAAAUACUAAUGUGACAACUCAAGUUCGUGGGACAAUGGGCCAUAUAGCUCCGGAAUACUUGUCCACUGGAAAAUCUUCAGAAAGGACGGAUGUUUUUGGCUAUGGGAUUAUGCUUUUGGAGCUUGUUACAGGUCAACGAGCAAUUGACUUUUCACGCUUGGAAGAGGAAGAUGAUGUGCUAUUGCUUGACCAUGUUAAGAAACUACAACGGGAGAAAAGACUAGAUACUAUUGUUGACUGCAACCUUAAUAAAAAUUACAGCAUAGAAGAGGUUGAAAUGAUUGUACAAAUUGCAUUACUCUGCACACAAGCAUCGCCCGAGGAUCGUCCGGCAAUGUCAGAAGUUGUAAGAAUGCUGGAGGGCGAAGGGCUGGCUGAAAGAUGGGAGGAAUGGCAACAUAUGGAGGUCGCUACAAGGCAAGAUUAUGAGAGACUACAAAGAAGAUUGGAAUGGGGAGAAGAUUCAGUUCAUAACCAAGAUGCCAUUGAGUUGUCGGGUGGAAGAUGAGAAGUCACAAAUUUAGGCCAUUACUUUUGAUGUUCUAUGGCACUAUUCCUUUUUAAGAGGUUAAUUUGAUUUGAAAAAAAAAACAAAAAAAAAAAAAACGUAGGUGCUAUUGUAUUCAAGUGUAAAAAUGGGCAGUAACCUCCGUAUUCCGAUGAUUAUGAUUGUUAAAGCUAUUUUUUUAAAAAAUUAUUUAGACAUUGAUU